UAUUUGUGGAUGUAUUGUAAAACUGAAAUCUCUCAAUAUUACGUGUUUUUGAUUCCUUGCUAGCGUUGCUCCCAAACGUAUUGAAAAGCAAAGACCUUUGGCCAUUGGUAUUUCCUUGUGAAGAACAAAACAUGGCGCCCAAAUUAGAGUCUGAAUGUUGAACUUACCAUUUAACAGCAAUUCCUGGAGGUGGGAAGCAAGAGAAUGGAUGAAUCCAAUGAUCUGGAAGUUCUUGGAAGAAUUAAACGAGUCAACUCGGGAACUCGGUGGAUUGAAACGAAGAGAGAAGGCCCCGUGGUGGACAACUACGCCUGGAGAGGAAAACAACAAUUCAACCACCCAGUUGACCCAACAUAACAUAUCUAAUCAUUGAGACACGGUUUGACGCUAGGCUGUGCGAAAAGAUCAUCUUCUUUAUUUUAAACAAUUUCCCACUUGUGAUUUAUUGUACUCAUUCCAUUCCGUUCUUACUUUUAUGGAAAUUAUGAUUUAAUGUCAAAACAUUCUUCUCCAAUCGUUGUAACUUUGCUUCCUUCUUAAGCUAUCUUCUCUAAGAAGUUGCAGAGUUUUUCAGGUGAAACUGCUUUCUCUCUUACCUUGUCACAAACUCUUGUGGCCAUUUUUCAAACUUGCUUCUCGCUAUCUUCUAAAUUCUAGAAAAAUCCUGAUAUCCUUCAUUGGAGGAGAUUUGGGGUCGGUUUGUUUUUGGAGAUUCUUUGGUUAUUCAUGGAAAUUGGGAAGCAGGCCUUGUUAUUGGAUAUUUGGAAUUGGGUUGGGUUUGAGAGGGAUGACUAACUUCGAUUUCAUCAGCUACUUUUUGCUUCCAACAUUGAAGUUCACGAAAUUUGGUUGAUUUCUUAUUCAUUAGCCCCAAACAGGUUAUUCUGGUUUGAACUUUGAAGUUAUAUUUCCCCCUUUUUCUUACUCGGCUAUCAUGAUUCAUGAUCUUAGGUCGGUGAAUAUUGGUUUAGUGGAAUCCAAGCAGUUGCAACCAACCGUUUUAGAUGUCUGGAGAUUUCAUUCUAAGUUGUUAUUUGUUUGGUUAAGCCAUAAUAUUAAAGAUAAAAACUUGGUGCACGGAUACUGUGUAGUCUUUUUUUUCUAAAUACAUUCUAAAAAGGUCAUCAUCUCUGGAGCUUCUUAUAGUUGAUUUUCAGUUUCGAGUUCCAAAAUUUGAAUGCCAUGAAAUUUUUAAGUGCUGUGGUACACUCCUUUGGAUGUUCUGCAUCUGGAGAACGUUUAGUUUCAGCUGCAAGAGAUGGAGAUUUUCAAGAAGCGCAGGCUUUGUUGGAAUAUAAUCCGCGGUUGGCACGCUACUCUACUUUUGGUGUGCGCAAUUCCCCACUCCACUACUCUGCAGCUCAUGGCCAUCAUGAGAUUGUCUAUCUUUUGCUUCACUCUGGAGUUGACAUUAAUUUAAGAAACUAUAGGGGUCAGACUGCUCUAAUGCAAGCUUGCCAACAUGGUCACUGGGAGGUUGUUUUGAUUUUAGUACUUUUUGGAGCCAACGUCCAUAAAGCAGAUUAUUUGAAUGGAUGGACUGCACUUCAUCUUGCUGCUACAAAUGGUCAUUCCCGGUGCAUCAGGCUUCUUCUUGCUGAUUAUAUUCCAAGCAUACCUAAUUUUAGGGAAAUAAUGAGUCGUCAAUCAACAGACAGUGAAGAAUCAAUCUCAGAGUUUGAUCAUAGGGCAUUGUCUCAGAUUAUUAACCAAAAGGCAGAUGGAGGCAUUACCGCUCUACACAUGGCGGCCCUUAAUGGGCAAGUUGAAAGCGUACAGUUACUUCUGGAAUUUGGGGCAUCAGUUUCUGAGGUGACUGUAGGCGAUGGAACCGUUAUUGAUCUAAUAGGUGCUGGGAGCACAGCUCUUCAUUAUGCUGCAUGCGGUGGUAAUGCAAAAUGUUGUCAACUUCUGAUUGCCAGGGGUGCCAGUUUGACAACUGAAAAUGAAAAUGGUUGGACGCCUUUGAUGGUCUCUCGGUCAUGGAACAAAAGUUGGCUUGAGGACAUUCUCACCACAGAGCCUGUAGAGCGGCCAAAACUUAUUCCCUCUCGUUACAUAUCUCUGCCCCUUAUGAGUAUUGUUCAAAUUGCCAGAGAAUAUGGAUGGAGUAGCAAAUCUGCCCCCGGAUGCCAGGAUCCAUGUGUUGUCUGUUUAGAGAGGAAGUGUACGGUAGCUGCUGGAGGUUGUGAUCAUGAAUUCUGUACAAGAUGUGCCUUAUACCUCUGUUCUACAAACUGUGGGACAACCAUUUCUCGUGGUCCUCCAGGUUCAGUUUCUUGUCCACUUUGUCGCAAUGGCAUAGUAUCAUUCGUUAAGCUUCCUGGCAAAGCACUUGCAAAGGAGAUUGCAAGAACAAGUUUGUCAUUUCCAAUAUGCCAAUGUUCUCACGAAACACCACCAAAACCUACCCCAUUAACCACCCAACUUCGAUCACUCGAGUUGUGUCGUGUCCAUGAUACUCCUUUGGGAAUUUACUUUUGCUGCCAUAAACUUCCUUCAAUCAGUCUCUGUCGGAAAGCACCGGAUAUAUGCCACUCCUUAGUUCCACGCUGUGCUAACGGGAACUUGCAGAACCACUUGAGCAGAUGUUGAAGGCUUGGGCUCCAACAGACAACUUAUCGCAGAUCAUUCCUUCCUUAGCUAAUCAAUAUGUAAAGCGAGAGUGGAUGCUGAUAUUUUUUGGGAUUUCUAUCUUUCUUGAUUAUUGAAUUCUUCAUUGUUAGUGUAGUUUGGUUUUGACCUUCAUUUACUGUGACUAUGUGUUAGGCAUUGUGCUGUAAUGCAGAAGCAAUGUACAUAUAAGAAUCAUUUAAUGGCUACCAAGCCAUGUCAUUUGCAUGGAAAUUUUGGUUUGAAA